AUGGAACGACCACCCGGUUACACUGUUGGACGAGAAGAUCAGGUCUGUUUACUGCAUAAGUCUCUCUAUGGUCUCAAACAGGCUCCUCGAGUUUGGUUUGAGAAAUUUCAGUCUACGAUUAUCGAUCUGGGUUUUCAGCAGAGUCUCAAUGAUCCUUCUCUAUUCACCAAGGUAUCUCUUACUAGCAUAGUCGUUCUUUUACUCUAUGUUGAUGACAUGGUGAUCACAGGGUCUGAUCCGACGGGGAUUGAUCAGCUUAAAGAUGGUUUGAAACAAGCAUUUAGCAUCAAGGAUCUCGGGAAUCUUUCUUAUUUUCUGGGUCUGGAAGUUAGCCGGAAUGAUCAAGGGAUCUUGCUCAGCCAGAAAAAGUAUAUUUCAGAUCUAUUGGGUGAACACAAUUUCGACAACUGCCACUCAGUUAAGACUCCUAUGGAGCUUAAUUUAAAGUUACAGAAAGAUUCUGGUGAAAGGUUGAAGGAUGGAUCUCAGUAUCACAGUAUCGUGGGAAGUCUAAUCAAUCUAUCAGCUACUCGCCCUGACAUUUCAUAUGCAGUUCAGAUCGUCAGUCAAUUCAUGACUGCUCCUUGUGUAGAUCAUCUUGUUGCGGUUCACAGGAUCCUGCGGUAUUUGCAAGGAGCUCAGGAUGAUAAAGUUUCAAAAUCUUCUACAGAAGCAGAAUAUCGCGCUAUGUCCGAAGUUGGCUCUGAGAUGGUAUGGAUACGAAGGCUCCUAUCCGAUUUUGGUGUUGCCUGUCCUGCACCUAUGACUCUUUAUGUUGACAACACCAGUGCCAUUCGCAUUGCUGCUAAUCCAGUUCUUCACGACCGAACCAAGCACAUCAAGAUACAUGUGCAUUAUGUUCGAGAUCUCCUUCGAGAUGGCACGAUUAGUCUACAUCACCUUCCUACAGAAGAACAAGUCGCAGACCUAUUCACCAAGGCAUUCUCUACUAGUCGUCACUGGUAUCUGGGAAACAAAUUGAUGCUAAGAGAUCGGCAUCAAUUUGGGGGAGGAUGUUAG